UUUUUUAUUCGAUCGAUUCUUUGCGAUUCUAUCGGUCGAACCGUGUUUUGUCAUCUCGCAUUAAUUCUUCUUAAUAAACUGAGUAUAUGACGAACCGAAAAGUUGCGUUCUUUCUGCGCACACUCCAAGUAUCGAAACGAUACUGACGAUGAAUCGAGAUUCCGAGCAAAGUUGGUGGCCGUACAGGGAAGUUGGUAGAUCGACGAAAUGCAGAUCGACGAAACUGCGCAACGCGAUUUACAUUUGUCCGAGUCCUAAUUGCGCCAAAUCGUUUAAUUGGAAGGGAAACUUGAACAGACAUCUGAGAUACGAGUGCGGCGUGCAGCCACGAUUCAAGUGUCCGUAUUGCGAGUAUCGUUGUAAAGUUAAAGGAGACGUGAGCAAGCACAUACCAAGAAGACAUCACGGUUUGGUCGUCUACGUGGUCGACUUGUUCACCGCCUCGUCUUCCAACUAGUCGACCUCCACGCAACCCGAAACCUGUAUUUUCAUUCGAAUAAAGCAUAAUUCGCCUUUUCCAA